ACAAAGCCUUAAUGCUUGAAGCGGGCAGCGAUUGCGACGGAGCUCCUCUUACAACGAUGCAGGCGGCAGAAAACGACCAGUACGACGCUGAGAAUCCUACGAAUCCCGAGGGCGGAUCCCAGCAGCCACUCUCCAAGAAUGCCCAGAAGAAGCUGCUGAAACAACAGAGGUACGAAGCGAAGAAGGCGGAGAAGAAAGCCCUAACAAAGGAGCUGAAGAAGAGAGAGGCAGAGAGGAAGCGGAAGGAGUGGGAGGAAAAUCUCGAAAAUGUCACUGAAGAGGAGAGACUGAAGCUGAUUGAGUCGCGAAAGAGUCUUAGGAAAGAGAGAAUGGAAAAGAGGUCGGAGGAGAAAGAGAUGAAGAAGGAAAGGCUAACGAAGGCCAAAGAGUGCGGGCAAAAUGUCGUCAUUGAUCUUGAGUUCUCGCAUCUCAUGACUCCUACUGAAAUCAACAGCCUUGUUCAGCAGAUUAUGUAUUGUUACGCAGUGAAUGCAAGAUGUACUUCUCCCGCUCAUCUCUGGCUGACGGGGUGCAAUGGGGAAAUGGAGAAACAACUUAGAAGGCUUCCGGGGUUUGAUAAAUGGAUUAUUGAGACAGAAAGUAAAUCCUAUAUUGAAGGUUUACAAGAACACAAGGAAAAUUUGGUGUAUCUCACAGCAGAUUCAGAAAAUGUUCUUGAAGAACUUGAUUUAAAGAAAUUUUAUAUUAUUGGUGGUUUGGUGGAUCGGAAUAGGUGGAAAGGCAUAACUAUGAAGAAAGCCGAAGAGCAAGGAAUCCAGACAGCUAAACUCCCAAUUGGAAACUACUUGAAGAUGUCUAGUUCUCAGGUUCUCACGGUAAAUCAAGUUUUAGAAAUACUACUCAAGUUCUUGGAGACAAAGGAUUGGAAAACUUCUUUCUUCCAAGUUAUCCCGCAAAGGAAAAGAUGUCUAGGCGAUUUAGAAGACGGUGAGAAGAUAAGGUAGAGGAGGAAAAUGAAUCAAAAAAUGAUCAAUUGGCGAGUAAAAGGGAAAAUAUUGAAGUCCUCUGAAACAGUUAGAGAUUCUGCCUCGAAUUUUUCCCGUAAAAAAUCAAGACGCGUCAAUGUGAGUUUGAAUUCCAUGCGCAUCCUCUUCAGCAGGCUCGCAGAAUGAGCUUCGUUCUUCUUCUUCUUCUUUUUAUACAAAAAGGUUUAGGCAAAUCAGGUUCCGGUUAUUUAUCAAGGUUAAGACAUACUUUCAAGCGUUUACAGAUUGCACAUGAGCAAGGUUUUCACAUUAGCAGUGAACUUUAAAAUCACAACCUUGUGGGUUAAUGAGCUUUGUUCUUGUUUGCAUUAAAUGUCGUGCCCUCUUGAUUUGGAUGUGAAAUGAAAAAUAUCUUUUUCGGAAAAUGAUUCUCGGCAUUUGUUUUUGUUUUUUGUUUUUAUCUUUUCGGGUGAGAUUGAGUUAUGUAUGAGGGCUUGCCUUAAAUAUAAAAUGGUCAGAUUGAAAA